GUUGGUUGUUGCUUUUGUCUUGUUGUUAGUGCUAUUUCCACUUGGAAUUUUGUUUUUAUUUUAUUGCGCACUCGAAAUUGUUUUGUUAUUUAGUCAAGAUAAAAAACUAAAAAAGGGCUAGAAAUGGGGGAAUAUUGAGCGCAUUCAAGUUUAGUUUAAGUUGGUCGCUCAUCACACUUGUAUCUUUUUAUUUUGUUAAUGUGAACGAAAACACCACAGAAUAGUGUAUUCAUUUUAAGAUAUAAACUACGAAAUGUCACUUUUUGUGGAAUAUACAGAGCCCAUAUGGCGAAAUUUGGAUAUGCGCGCGUUGUCCGUCGACGAAUUUUACCUGUAUCUGCAAUCGGGUUAUCACAAAGAGAGUUACCUGUACUCACUCUCCGAUGAAUGCUACACGUGUCCGUAUACAAGAGUGAAAGCUCUGCCCUCUGCCGGCGUCGCUGAACCGUUAAAUUUGAAUUCGGCAUUUGGUCUCAAUUUUAAAAUAUUCGAAAACGAUCAGGGUCAUUAUGCCUACGAUAAUGUUUCGUCACUUUGUUGGUUGCGUCGCACCGAUCUGCAGGAAUUUGGCGUCUAUAACCUGACCCUCCAAGCGAAUGGAACCUGUACCUUUGCGGUGGACAAGCCCGGAGUGCCCAUUAAUUACGCUUUCCUUGCCGUUUUCGUUCUGGUUGCCGCCCUGCUAAUCGCUUUGAAACUCGUGAGCUGUGCCUGGCGAUGCUAUCGCUACGAUGAGGCCGCUGCCGCAGCCGAUAGUAUCGGAGCAGCCGCCACAAAGGCCACCCAAAGGAAGCGCCUCAGGAGCCUGGACACCUUCCGGGGCCUCUCCAUCGUGCUGAUGAUCUUCGUGAACAGCGGCGGCGGCGGAUUUGCGUGGAUCGAGCACGCAGCCUGGAACGGAUUGCACCUGGCCGACCUGGUAUUUCCCUCGUUCCUCUGGAUUAUGGGUGUGUGCAUUCCGCUCUCGGUAAAAUCACAACUGUCCCGGGGGAACAGCAAGACCAGUAUCUGCCUGCGAAUUCUGUGGCGAUCGAUAAAACUCUUUGCCAUCGGACUGUGCCUUAACUCGAUGGGUGGAACGAAGCUCGAGCACCUGCGUCUAAUGGGCGUCCUGCAGCGAUUCGGAGUGGCUUUUCUGGUUGUGGGUGUACUGCACACGUUGUGCAGCCGCAGGGAGCCCAUAAGUCCCCAGAGGUCCUGGCAGCGGGCCGUCCAUGAUGUGUGCCUCUUUAGUGGAGAACUGGCCGUGUUGCUGGCCUUGGUGGCCACCUAUCUGGGUCUAACUUUCGGCCUGCAAGUGCCGGGAUGUCCGCGAGGCUAUCUGGGACCUGGAGGCAAGCACGAUUAUGUCGCCCAUCCCAAAUGUAUUGGUGGUGCAGCGGGCUAUGUGGAUCUCCAGGUGCUGGGCAAUACGCACAUCUUUCAACAUCCCACUGCGAAACACGUCUACGACUCCACUGCCUUCGAUCCGGAGGGAGUAUUCGGCUGCAUUUUAAGUGUGGUGCAGGUGCUCCUUGGCGGCUUUGCGGGCGUAACUCUGUUGGUGCAUCCCACCUGGCAAUCGAGGAUCCGUCGCUGGCUACUCCUCAGCGUCCUUCUGGGCCUCAUUGGCGGCGCCUUGUGUGGGUUCUCGCGUGAAGGCGGCGCUAUUCCCGUGAACAAGAACCUCUGGUCGUUGUCCUAUGUUUGCGUUACAGUUAGCUUGGCCCUGGUGAUCCUGUCGCUGCUCUACUACUUCAUCGAUGUGCGGGAAUCCUGGAGCUGGUCGGGCUUUCCCUUCACUCAAUGCGGCAUGAAUGCCAUCGUGAUGUAUGUGGGACAUUCGGUGCUGCACUCGAUGCUACCCUGGCAUUGGCAUAUCGGAGAGAUGAACACGCACUUCAUGCGCCUGCUGGAGGCCACGUGGAACACCCUCCUUUGGGUGGGCAUCGCCCUGUAUCUGGACGCCCAGGAGUUCUACUACAGUCUGUAGGGCUUUCAAUAAUAUCCAUAUGCACAAUUCAAUUGCCAAAUAAAUUAGCGUUUGUAUAUAGUGUGA